AUGCUGCAGAACAGCCCACCGAAGAAGCAGCCCGUGGCGGCGGUGCGGGAGCAGCGCUGUCUGAUGCGCUCGCAGCUUCUGCGCGCGUCGGCCCCGUUGUCGCCGCUCGACCCCGCCCUGUUCCGCUCCUUCGUCACGUCGAACGGACAGGCGCUCACUAGCGGAGAGUACCUUCGCCCGAAGCCGAAGGACCAGGAGCAGCAGAUGCCGUUCGGAGACCCGACUCAGAUGGACGGCAUGAUGGACGGAAUGAAGAAGCAGGCUGUCAUGAUUACAUCAACGUUUUCUUCAGCGGAUACGUCCUCAUCGCUCUUCGCGCGCGACCUUCCUCUCCCCGACCUCAGCAUGCAGUGGGUCUCGGCGCUGUCGUGGUACUUCCUGAACCUGUUCGGUCUCAACGGCGUGUUCAAGCUCCUCAUCGGCCAGGACAAUGCCGCUACCGACAAGGGCGACAUGUCGGCCAUGGCCAUGAUGGGCGGAGCCGGAGCUGCUCCCAUGACUGGCCCAGCCGCUCCCGACUUCGAGAAGAUCUACCGCUCCGAGCUCGAGAACCUCGCGCUCACCGAGGAGCUGUACAACUGGGUAGCGACGGGUGUCGAGGACCGUGUGCUGCAGCGCUAUGCCAAAGCAUAG